AUGAACUCCACGAAAGUAGUCAUGUUCCCCUGGCUCGAUUACGCCCACACCAGCGCGUUCCUCGAGCUCGCCAACAAAAUCACCUCCAACGGCCGUUUCAAGGUCUACCUCGUCUCCACCAUCGCCACCCUCUCGUCGGUCGAGGACAAAGUAGUGUUUGACAGGUCAAUCAAACUCCUCCCCAUUCUCCUUCCCGCCACUCCUGACCUCCCGCGCGCUCUCCACACCACCAACGGGCUCCCUCUGGGCCUCAUGUCGGACCUCAGGGCCGCCAUGAAUUCCCCCGUGACAAUCUCGGAGUUUUCCGACAUCCUCUCGGAACUCAAACCCGACCUCAUCAUCUAUGACUUUCACCAGCCGUGGCUCCCGGGCCUCGCCCGGGAACUCAGUGUCCCAGCCGUCGAGUUCCUCACCACCACCAGCUGCACCAUGGCUAGCGUCAUGUGCCACUAUUUCAAGAACCCCACCCGUGACCUGGCCUCCUACCCAUUUCCCGAGAUACGGUUCCGGGAUUACGAGGCCUCAACACUCGAAAAAAUGCUCGACCCAACCAACCGGGACAUGGUGUUUCGGGGGAUCGAGGAGUCGUGCGGGCUCGUCUUGGUGAAAGGUUUCCGUGGCAUGGAAGGGCCCUACAUGGACUACGCGGGCUCUCUCUUCGGGAAAAGGUUCAUCCCGGUGGGCCCGCUGGUCGAAUUUCCCGACCCCCCAGACAGGAAAUCUGACCCGGAAACUCUGUCGGGUAUCAUGUCGUGGCUCAACUCCAAGGAGAGGAAGUCCACUGUGUUCGUCUUGUUGGAUCCUUAA